AUGUCUCCUACCAAUAAUGAUACACAGAAAUUCGGGAAUUUUGAUCUCGUCAAGCGAGUGCACCUGGAUUACACAGAUAUUUCAGUUUCAAAAUGGAGAAGCAGAGUGACAGGCUUGAGUAUCGUUCACCUUGAUUAUGAAGCUCCCCUUGUCAACGGUUAUUUUGUCAUUGGCACUGAAAUCUUCAAUGAUAGCGGUUGCCCUCAUACACUCGAGCAUCUCGUGUUCAUGGGUUCAGAAAACUAUCCUUACAAGGGCAUCAUAGACCAUCUUGCUAAUCGAGGAUUCUCAAACGGUACCAACGCAUGGACGGACAAUGAUCAUACCGCAUAUACUGUCUCAACGGCCGGAGAACAAGGCUUUCUUCAGCUAUUGCCGAUAUACGUCGAUCACAUACUGUAUCCCACCAUGACCAAGGCAGCAUAUAUUACGGAAGUUCACCACAUAAAUCCCGAGGGUGAAGACUCUGGUGUGGUCUACAGUGAAAUGCAAGGCAGAGAAAAUACCUCAGGUGAUCUAAUGGCUCUUCGGGCACAGCGCAUUCUCUAUCCUCCCGGAAGCGCCUAUCGCAGCGAAACUGGUGGUUUAAUGGAGGCGCUCAGGGCUUUGAGCGUGGAACAGAUUCGGGAUUACCAUGCUACAUAUUACGUCCCCCACAAUCUAUCGCUUAUAGUGACCGGAAAACUUUCAAGUGGUACUGAAUCUCUUCUCACAGUCGCUCAGGAACAUAUCGAGCCAAACAUCAUCGCACACGGUCAAAUUCAUGGUCCCCGGCCUCCGGGGUGGAAGCGCCCAUUUGUUGAAACCCCCAGCGCGAAGCGUGGUCCUAUCAAGGAGAUCGUUAAGGAAACUGUGGAAUUCCCUGAGAAAGAUGAAAGCAUGGGUGAACUCCUCGUCACUUACGUCGGUCCUUCUCCAGAUAAAUAUUUAGAGCGAAAGGCGCUUGAUAUGCUCGGCACCUAUUUAACUUCUUCACCAGUAGCUCCUCUGAACAAAGAGUAUAUAGAGAUAGAAUCACCCCUCUGUUCCUACAUCUACUUUGGCGAAGAUGUCCGGGCUACUUUGGUUGACUUGCCGAUUUACAUAGGAUCUAUACCUUCCGAGCAUCUAGAUGAUUUCGACGCAAAACUCAAGAACAGUUUCCAGCAGAUUUGUCAAGAGGGCAUUGAUAUGAGUCGAAUGUCGAUGGUCAUCGAUCGGGACGAGCGGCAGUUCCGCAGCAAACUCGAGUCUGCCAAAGGAGAUACCUUCUCUGGUUCUAUCAUAUCUGAUUUCUUGUACGGUGCAGAAGAUGGUUCAGAUUUGUAUGCUUCGUUGGACGAGAUCAAUCUUUAUGCAACGCUCCGAACAUGGUCAGCUCAGCAGUGGAAAGAUCUUUUACACCAAUAUUAUGUUGACCCUUCAUACGUCGUCGUUCGUGGAAAGCCUUCCGCUAGUUUGGUCGAGAGGCUCGAAAAGGACGAGAAAUCUCGUCUGGCUGCUCAAAGGGAAAAGUUAGGUCCUGAUGGGCUUGCUAAGGCAGAAGAGGAGCUCAAUGCCGCCAAGGCUGAACACGAAAAGCCAAUACCGACUGACAUUCUCACAUCAUUCCCCGUACCAGAUGUUAAGAGCAUCUCAUGGAUCCCCGUACAAAGCCAUCAGGAGAAAGGGAAGGGAAGACAUGGAUCUUCUUUGCAAACUUCUCAGUCCAAGUUGGCAAAAUGUAUUGAAGCAGAUGGUGGACCCCUCUCUUUCUUCGUACAAUACGAUCAUGUUAAGUCCGAUUUCGUGGCUGUUCAUGCUUUCUUCUCUUUGGCCAAGUUACCUCACAGGCUACGCCCAUAUAUUUCGACCUAUCUUUCAGCCUUUUUCUCUCUGCCCGUAAAACGGGCAACUGGAGAGUACUUGACUCACGAGGAAGUCGUUAACAGGCUCGAUGCUGAGACCGUCUCAUAUGAGACUGUGCUGGGUAUAUCAGAACAGUUCUCAGAAACUCUGCGUGUUAGCUUGAAAGUCGAAACCGCGCGCUACCAGUCGACCAUAGCUUGGUUAAGAGAUCUCGUUUACAACAGCGAGUUUAACAAGGAGAGACUUCAAGUGAACAUCGCUAAACUCCAACAAUCUAUCCCAGAGUUGAAACGUGAUGGAAGUAAUGUUCUAUCCUCCGUUUGGGCUGAGAACCUCUUCGACGAAAGUUCGACCUCCCGAGCUGGAGCGAUACUCCCCCAGGCAGAGUUUAUUCCGAAGCUCGCCAAAGAGCUACAAGAGGAUCCGGACAAGGUCAUCGCUGACUUCGAGGAAAUGAGGUCUUACUUGACCGAUCCUUCUGGUAUCCGUAUAUCUGUGACAGGAAAUGUUCUGGAUCUGGUAAAACCACGCAGUGCUUGGGCGGAAUAUUUCAGACAGUUGCCUGAAAGCGAGCUUGCCUCAUUACCACUUGCAUCACAAACCCUUAGUCAAUUGGGCAAGAAUCCUGUGAAAAAGGCAACGAUCGUCAGCCUCCCUACCAUCGAAAGCUCAUACGUCAAUCACACUACCAAGAGUAUCCAAGGAUUUGAUCAUCCGGAGUUCCCAGCUCUUCGGGUUGCACUGGAAGUUCUUAACGCUGCGGAAAGCUUUUUAUGGCGCUCCAUUCGGGGAUCAGGUCUAGCCUACGGGGCUUAUGUCACUCAUGACAGAGAGUCUGGGCUAUUGACGUUUUCUCUAUACAGAAGCUCGGGCAGCAUACAGGCGUUCGAAGAAGCGCAUAAGGUUGUUAAAGGGCUUGCUGACGGCUCCAUUGAGCUAAGUGAGACCACGCUGGAUGCUGCUAAAAGCAGCGUCGUCUUCGGUGUAGCCAAAAACGUGUCAACAGCAGGUCGUGCGGCCAUCAAUUCGUUCACCAAUCAAGCAUUGAAAGGUCUCCCUCAAAACUACAACCUAGACCUUCUUGAAAAGUACCAAGAGGUCACGAAGGACGAUGUUCUUGUGGCGCUCAAGAAGCAUAUACUACCAGUUUUCGACUCGUCUUCUUCCACUGUGGUCGCUGUCACCGCACCAUCCAAGGUUGACCAGAUUGCAGAAAGCUUCACGGGUCAUGGAUUUGAGGUUGAGAAACGGACAUUGGAGGUAGAGGAAGAUGAAGGCUCAUCUGAUGGAAGUAGUGGAAGCGAGAGCGGGAGUGAAAGCGAUAGCGAAAUGCGGUAA